CUAAUCCGGCCAGCUGACAGUGACAGUGAUACUCAACUUCGUCAUUUCCUGGUUAUUUUUGGUAGUGAUUUUCAGUCGAAUUUAACGUUUUAUAUGCUAUAAGAACUAUUGAGAAAGAUGCCUGGGGCUGGACUAACAGAAGCGGGUGAACUUUACUCACCUAUGGUGGGUUUGGUCUACGUCUUCAACCUGAUCGUUGGCACCGGUGCUCUGACCAUGCCGCUAGCAUUUGCCAGGGCUGGUUGGGCCAUGGGGGGAAUUCUCAUAAUCAUCCUGGCUUUUGUCAGCUAUCUGACAGUUACUUUCGUCGUUGAAGCCAUGGCCUCAGCCAAUGCUGUGAUCAGAUUCAAGCGUAAAGAGAAAAAACGAGAGUUGGAGGACUCAUCGAGCGGUUCCCAUGAUGCCACGGCGCCUCCCUUCCUUCACGAAGUUGAGAGUGAUGAGAAGCAGAGCCUGUUGCAACCGCCUGUGGCUCCACAGUUGUAUACAGAUGGUAAACACCAGGAUUUCUUUGAGAUCACCGAGCGCGUCGAGAUGGCCAAGAUGGCUUCUCUAUUCUUCAAUAAAAUUGGAUUAAACCUUUUCUAUCUGUGUAUGGUGAUAUAUCUCUACGGUGACCUGGCCAUCUAUGCAGUCACAGUGCCGACGUCACUAAUGAACAUUACCUGUACAUACACACCAGAGAAUUCCUCAUCACCAGAGCAAGAUGACCCUUGCUGGGAAGGUGUGAAUCUAACCAGGAUGAACGCUUAUAGAGUCUACUUGACUGUGUUUGCCAUAGCUCUGGGUAUUUUCGUGUUCUUCAAUGUUCAGAAGACGAAGUAUUUACAGCUCCUCACAACCUUUUUCCGGUGGCUUGCAUUUUCCAUGAUGAUUGUCCUAGCGCUUAUCGUCCUCGCUAAGGGCAAGGGCCAAGGUGGACCGGUUGCCGUGGGAGCCUUUGAAAGCAUCCCCAACUUCUUUGGCGUGUGCGUCUACUCCUUCAUGUGUCACCACUCCUUGCCCUCGCUAGUCACGCCCAUCAAGCGGAAAAAACGGCUCUCGGUGCUCCUGGGCGGAGACUACGCGCUGAUCCUCGGUUUCUACCUUCUGAUCUCGCUCACGGCCAUCUUCACGUUCAGUACCAACAGCAUACAAGAGAUCUACACGCUGAAUUUCUUCGGCGAUAAAAACGGGGUCACCAUGGUGGUGCCCGUCCAGUAUUUCAUCGCGCUGUUCCCGGUUUUCACGCUCAGCACCAAUUUCCCGAUUAUCGGGAUCACCUUGCGGAACAAUCUCAAGAUGCUGUUUGCGCGGGAGGGCCGGCCGUAUCACUGGGCCGUUGAUCGCAUCGUCUUCCCCUUACUGGCCCUGCUACCGGGGAUCGUAGUUGCCUUCAUCACCACUGACGUAACCGGGCUCGUGGGCUACACGGGCUCCUACGCCGGUGCGGGCAUUCAGUAUGUCAUCCCAGCGUUUCUGGUCUACUGCGGCCGCAGGAAGACCGCUAAGCUGUUCGGGCAGAACUGGAGCAAUAAGCACACGUCCCCUUUCAGGCACAGAGCCUGGGUGAUACUGGUGUUACUGUGGGCCGUGCUGUGCAUCGGCUUCGUCACGGCCAAUCACAUUAUAAGUGCUGUGCAUCACCAUUAACCCAUGCUCUUAAGCCAGCCUCAGGCAUCAAGCACAAAAGUCAUGGUCAAGUCACAAAACUGAGAAAUUGUGUGAUUAUCGUGGAACAAGCGACAUAUUGACACAGAAUAAUCGCCACCAUGCUCAUGUCACCCACAACGUGACAAUCCACAAUAAAAUUUGAUGAUCCGGAUACGCGCACAGCAUAACUUCACACAAGUCAACUGCAUUAAUUCCCGCUUGUUGGGAACACGUUCCUUCGCGGUGCAGAAGUUGAAAUUUGUCCACUCUUAGAACUGUUAAUUUUCUUGUAGCACGGACUGAUGCUGGUCGUCUUAAUGUCAUCACAUUUACACUCGGGUUACAAAAAAUUGGCGACUGAUAUGUUCCCGACGGUCGUAGCUCAGGCGCAGCUUGAUCCUGAAAAGUCUGACUGUUCUGGUGUUGUCACAAGGUUGACCUGAAGGCAUCUUUAUGAUUUAGCGUGUGUCUGCUGGCUGGACAAUCCAAUGCACUCUAGCCAAAGUGUAUUGGAGGAUGCUUUGGCUCAUCAGCGGAGCAGAUUCUAGAAUGCCUAAAUCGCCAUCGGAGGGCUUAUCUGCUGGUUAGCAAAUGUACUAUGUGUGUCUCUAUUCCAAUAUUUUUCAAUUAUGAACAUUCAUGCAAUUCUCCUUUUUUUUGAAAUUCUGAUUAAAUUUCAAAUGUAUAAAUUAACUAAAACUUUUCACCUUUCAGUGCCAACCUCAAAUUUAAAUGUAGACUGAAAUGAAGUAUGAAGGCACACAAGAAUGAAAAGAUAAAUACCCAGAAAAUUAAUAUACGUAUAACUUUUUUAUAAAAUAAACUGUACCUGUUGAUAAUGUGAAAAUGUAUGAUUUUUUUUUUUAAACUGAGACUGUUAACUGAGACUGUCCAUAAUCAGCUUUUUUUAUAUGUACCUUCUUUGUCAAUGACACGACAAAAAACGGAAAUAAAUAACAGACUUGGGUGCAGGAA